ACCUUUUCGCGCGGUUUUUAGCCGAAGAGUUAUCGAACAGAGUAACCUGUGCAUUGUGCGGAUAGCAGACUACCUAUCCAUUUGAUGUAUUUACGUUAAACAUUUCGGCAUUCAAGAUUUCCCAAAGAACACUUACAGCAUAUUCGAUAUUGUCCCAAACUGAUAGGUAUCAAAAUGCCGAAGGUUAACACGCUCUUUAAAUACUUUACGUCACCAAAAACGGAGAAGCGACUUGUUAAAGAAACGUCCAGUCCUCAAAGAGAUUCUCCCAAAUCGAAUGGCGAUCAAAAAGGAAAAGGUACGCGUGGUCUGAAAGCAGGUAAAGAAAAUUCUAAUAACGAAAACAAAAGGGGAACUCCGACCAGCAGACACAAAAACAAAUCCUUAAGUGCGGCAACCAGAAAAAGAUCUUCGAACAAGGAAACAGAAGACGAUGAGUCCAGUCGCCCAAAGAGAAGACGAUUGGUAAUACCAUCUGACAACAGUGAUGAUUCAGGAGAGGACUACAAACCUGCUGCAGACGAUGCUAGUUCUUCCGAAUAUUCUGCGUCUGAGGCUGAUAGUGAGUCUGAAGCUUUAUCAUCUGGCAUCGAAAGUGAUGAAGAAACUCCUAAGAAAAAAAGGAAUGUUGCGCCGACAAAAGCUCCACCGAAAAAAAAUGGUCGUGGAAAAACCCAGAUGAAAUCUGAAGUGAAAAGCUCUGACCCACCCAGUCAAACAGCUGGUAAUAGUUCAGUUAAUGCCCAAGGCUGGACUCAUUUGAAAUAUGACUUCCUUCAGACGAAUAAAAUUAAGGAUAUACACAGAAGGCCUCCAAGUGAUCCAAACUACGAUCCAAGAACUCUUUACGUGCCACAUGAAUUCAAAAUAAAUCAGACUCCUGCUAUGAAACAGUGGUGGGAAAUGAAAUGUAAGAAUUUCGACUGUGUACUCUUUUUCAAAGUUGGAAAGUUUUAUGAGUUGUAUCACAUGGAUGCAGUUACCGGUGUUAAUGAACUUGGCCUGUCAUAUAUGCGUGGGGAAUUCGCACAUUCCGGUUUUCCAGAAAUAGCAUAUAGCCGAUUUGCAUCAAGCCUAAUAGAGAAGGGAUACAAAGUAGCUCGAGUUGAACAAACCGAAAAUCCAGAGAUGAUGUCAGCUAGAGUCAGUAAGAUGUCUCAUGUUACGAAGUUUGACAAAGUUGUGAAAAGAGAGAUAUGUCAAAUUAGCAGUAAAGGUACGAGAGUAUUCACUGCUCAGGAUGGUGAAACCUCUACAGCCAGUUCAACUUACUUGCUCUCAAUAGUAGAGAAAUUUAAUCCAUCAACACCCACAUCAAUUUAUGGUGUCUGCUUUAUUGAUACUUCAAUUGGAGGUUUUCAUCUUGGACAAUUUGAAGAUGAUCGUCAUAGUUCAAGACUGUUGACACUAGUUUCCCAUUUUCCACCGUCACAGGCUAUCUAUGAACGUGGUGGUAUAUCAGAGAGAACAAACAAAAUAUUGAAUACCAUGCUGGCUACUGCACUUAAGGAGCCACUGCAACGGGAGACGCAAUUUUGGUCUGCUGCUACUACCCUCAAAAAACUGCACGAAGGAGAAUAUUUCAAAUCAGAGUUCAAUUCCGAUUUUACCUGGCCAGAAGGUUUGAAGCCAUAUUUAAGUGAUGGAGACAGUCUAGGACUCACUGCUGCUGAUAAUAUGGAGCUAGCUGUAUCUGCAUUGGGGGGAUGUGUAUUUCAUUUAAAAGAAUGUUUCAUAGAUCAGCAGUUACUUGCCCAGGGACGUUUCGAAUCUUGGAUCCCUCCUGAUCAUGAGGAUCGCCAGAGUUCAGGAAAACUCGCUAAUAAUAUGGUACUGGAUGCCAUUACAAUAAAUAAUCUGAGAAUCCUUGGAGGACCUGGUUCGCUCAUAUCAACGCUGGAUCAUUGUUGCACCCCAUUUGGCAAACGUUUGUUACGCGAAUGGAUUUGCCGGCCAUCUUGCCGCAAAUUUGAAAUAAUGCAGCGACAGCAAGCAGUUACCGAGCUAAUUGAUAAAAUUGAAAUUACCCAAAAUGUUCGCGGCUCAUUAGCUCCGCUCCCAGAUCUUGAGAGAUUACUGAGCAAGAUACAUGCUCAAGGUAAUUUUGCAAAGGGGCAAAGUCAUCCGGAUGCAAGAGCUAUCAUGUAUGAAAGUAAGACGUAUUCGAAACGAAGAAUCCUAGACUUCACAAACGCGCUUCAUGGAUUUGAGGAAGCUUCAAAAAUUAUAGAUUCAAUCGGUGACGUUAAAUGCGAUCUACUAAAACGGUGCAUUAAACACAAUCCAGAGGGUGAAUUUCCUAAAUUGGAAGAGAUGCUAAAUUACUUCAAGAGUGCUUUUAAUCAAGAAGAAGCAAAGAAAGAAGGGUGUAUUAUACCGAAACCUGGCGUCGACUCAGAGUAUGAUGCAGUUCUCGAAGAAUUGUCAGAAAUAAAACGAGACCUAGAAAAAUACUUGGAAGGGCAGAGAAAACAUUUUGGAGUAAAGGUGAAUUAUUAUGGUACUGAGAAAAAACGGUUUCAAAUUGAAGUUCCCGAUUCCCAGUUGAGGAAAGUUACCACAGACUAUGAACUUCAGUCACAGCGCAAAGGUUUCAAACGCUAUUACACCACUAAAGCCAAAGAGCUUUUGGAAAGACAAAUGAUCGCAGAAACUAACAAGGAUAAAGUACUUAAAGAUAUAAGCAGAAGGAUAUUUGCUAAAUUCAGCGAAAAAUACGAUGUAUGGUGUUCGGCUGUCUACCAAUUGGCUACACUAGACGUUCUCACUGCAUUUGCUGAAUAUUCUCAAAGCGCCGAGAUGUCUGUUCCUAUAAUAGAAGAUGUUACGAGUGAAAAAAGCGCUUUUAUUGACAUAAGAGAUGGGAGGCAUCCGUGCGUUACAUCUGACGACUUUAUACCAAAUGACACUUUAUUGGGAACAGAGGAUUCCGCAUCACUUGUCAUUCUAACUGGGCCUAAUAUGGGAGGAAAAUCAACUCUAAUGCGUCAAGUUGGUCUCCUUACAAUCAUGGCCCAAAUUGGUUGUCAUAUUCCCGCAAGUUCAUGCCGAUUGACGUUAGUCGAUCGUAUUUUCACUCGUUUGGGUGCCAAUGAUGAUAUACUAACUGGACAAAGUACUUUCUUUGUGGAGUUGAGCGAAACUGCAACUAUACUCCAGCACGCAACAGCAAACUCACUGGUUCUGGUGGAUGAAUUAGGCCGAGGCACCUCAACUUAUGACGGAACAGCAAUUGCAGCUUCGGUUGUCGGCGCUCUGAAGGAACGGACAUGUCGCACCCUAUUUUCAACCCACUAUCAUGCCUUGGUAGAAGACUAUAAAUUGGACAAGAACGUUAGCCUGAGCCACAUGGCGUGUAUGGUAGAAACUGAAGAGGAAGAGGAGGUUUCACAAGAAACAGUGACGUUCCUGUACAAACUAAGCAAAGGUGCAUGUCCAAAGUCUUACGGGUUCAAUGCAGCUCGUUUGGCUGGAAUUUCAUCAAAAAUCACUGUAAAAGCUCAUGAGAUAGCCAGCAAGUUAGAAAACGAAGUGAAUCAGAGGCACUUCCUCGUUGGUCUAUUUAAGGGUAAAAGUGACCUGAAAACCCUGCUCGCAGCUUUAAAGUAAGAGUUUGAUGCUUCGUUUCAAGAUAUAAUCAAUAGUUGGCUCAACGGAUUUCGCUGCUACCGUCAGUAUUAUAUAUCAAAUGCCAGUACUUAUUUCAAAUUAACAUAUUUAUGUUGACUACGUGCACUAAAUUCCAAAUAAUUACUCUGUGUCACACUUCAAAAAUUCUAUUGCCAAUAUAAAUUUAAUUUAAAUCAAAAACACUUCACG